UGUCUGCCUGUGUUGACAGUAACGCUCUCCGUGUUUAAGGACUCGUUUUAUUGAAACGAAUCACUUUGUGUUUAUUUUCCAUGCGUUUUUUGUAAUUUAGGCGAGUAAUGUUGACGAAAUUGUCAGCAGAUAACCAGACUUUGUCUACUGUGCCGUUCAAACGAUCGAGUUAGAAGUGUUUUAACAACAGAGGAAUCGGUACUUUUUAAAAUCAAGAAACCAGGAAUCCAGCAAGAAUCGUGUCCAUCGGCCUUCCAAGUGGUUCUUGUUGAAGCGGACUGACUGAAGUGAAACCGAGAAGACCCGACUGUGAGCAGCGCAGGCAGGACAGAAAAUGCCUCUGUUCUUCAGAAAGAAGAAACCCAGCGAUGACUCCCAGAAGCGACUUGAGUAUCAGCUGUGUCGGUCGAAGGAGGCGGGUGCUGAUGACAUCCUGGAUAUCUCAGCUUGUGAACUCUCGGAGGUUCCUUUAAGUGCCUUUUCCAUUUGCAAGGUUGUACAGAAGAAGGUCCUCAUCAUACACAACAACAAGCUGAGGUCACUGCUUCCCAAAGGAGGUGACAUCAGCUCUCUCGUCACACUGAAGGUUUUGGAUUUGCAUGAAAAUCGGCUGAGUUCGCUCCCAGAAGACAUCGGGAAACUGGCCUCACUGCAGGUGUUAAAUGUGGAAAAGAAUCGUUUAAAAGUCCUUCCAGACUCCAUCGGGGACCUGAGGCUCCUACAGACACUCAACGUGAAAGGCAACUGUCUCAGUGAGCUUCCAUCGUCGGUGAGCUCUCUGUGCAGCUUGCGUACGCUGGAUGUGAGUGACAACCUCAUCAUCCAGCUUCCCAAAACCUUUGCAUAUGUACGCACGCUGGAGAGCUUCACAUUAGAUGCAGCCACAAUGACCUACCCCCCUGCAUCUGUGUGUAUGGAAGGUACAGAGAGCAUCCAGAACUUCUUGUGUGCUGAGCUUGGAGAGGAGUAUUGUCCUCCAUCCCAGUAUCUCCUGCCAGUGCUGGAAAAUGACGGCGGGAGAUCAAACUCAGACUGUGUGGACGGUUUGGAUGAGUCCUGGCAGAAUAAAUUCAGUGACUAUGAAAAGAGAAAGUUGCAGAAACAGGAGGAAAAGCUGGCCAUGGAGCGUCAUAGAGAAGAGAAGCAAAACGAGCACACCCAGCUUCUCCUCAUGAACAACUCUCGGAAAGUAAACAUACUCAACUCGGUUCGUCAGGAGCAGGAGCGUCUGGAGCAGGGGGUCAACUUGCAGCAACGGGCCCAGGAGACGGAGAGGCUCCUCCUGUUAGAAAAAGUGAGACAAGCAGAAGAUAAUAUCAGCAAUCGCAUUAGCAACAUGCUAUUGGAUGACAACAGGCAGAAGAAGAGCGCAGAGUUUCUCCAAGCCAUGGAGGAAGACCGGAUCCGAAUGGAACAUUUGACUGCCAUCACGCAGGAAGAAGCUAACUCUCUGAGGAAGAGAGAGGUGGCCGCGGCCAUGCAGAAGAUGCUGUCAGACAGCUGUGCUGUGAGCCUCCUCCAAGAGGCCAGUGACUAUCGCAGAAAGAACCUGGUCUCUGAGACCUACAGAAGUAUGGAGAAUCUAGAGAAGAAGUUUGAUAAGAUGCUGUCUCUCCAAGUUCUAGACAAAUCCAAAGCAAUUUCUCACAUCUUACAGGAGGAGGAGAUGCAGAAAGCAGCAUUCCAGGCACUGCAGUUACAGAAAGAUUCCGUGCAUGGUUACAUACGCAGCCAGAUCAAGUUAAUUGAGGGAGAAUUAAUGCAGCUGACAAAACUGGAAGUGAAAAGACGCAACCUGGAUGCUGAGAACCUGCAGGAGGUGCUGGUGGAGCAGCGCACGGCUCUUGGGGAUUUGCUGCAGCAGCUACUCAAACAGAAACACCAGAGAGAGCAAGAACUGCAGCAAGUACUGGCGGAGUUGGAGCGGAAGUCAGAAUCCAACCAGCAGAACUACUGGAUGAUUCAGUACCAGAGACUGCUGGAUGCCAAGCCCUUGUCACUACGCAUGCAGGAAGCUGGCGUGGAAAAGGAGCUGGUGAAUCUGCUGUGUAAACUGUCCGCUCAGCAUUAUCUGCCCAUCAUGGCUCACCAUUGUGUGACAGCAGAGGCUCUUUGCCACAUGAACACCUCCGACCUGAAGAAGCUCGGCAUUAAUGAAAUUGGCAUCCAGAAAUCUCUUCUGAAAUGGGCGCGGGAACGCAAGCCAGAAGGUGCUGCUAAGGUGCUGGAGCAGAGCGAGGAGGCUGAAGUCGCCCCCUCAGAGCCAUCCUCGUACCCCUCUCCAAUUCCCAGCACCUCUCACGUCCUGACCCCGAGCCCACCACUGACUCCUGGUACCCCCGUUACCCCAUCGGCCCCCAGCCCUGUGGAGGGGCCAUGGAGCUCAGAGUGUGUGGUCUGCAUGGAGACUGCGGCUCAGGUCAUCUUCCUGCCGUGCGGCCAUGUUUGCUGUUGUCAGGUCUGUAGCGACGCAGUACAGAACUGCCCCCUGUGUCGGAGCGACUCAUCCCAGCGCAUACGUAUAUACCGUAGCUAGAAACCACUCGUGCCACUCUUAUUUCC